AUGCUAGGUUUGCUCGAAACGAAGAGGGAGGUGAUUACUAAAUAUGAUGUUACACGAAUUUGGGGAAGUAGUGCUGUUGGGUUGGAGUUUGUGGAGUCUGUAGGGGCAGCCGGGGGCUUACUGCUAAUGUGGGAUGACUUGUUUUUUCAAAAGCGUAAUUGCUAUAAAGGGGAGAGGUGGUUAUGCAUUGAAGGAGUGUUAACAACGAUGAAGUUUCAUUGUGCGUUAUGCUUGGUGUAUGGGGCGUAUGGUAGGGAGGGGAAGCGAGUGGUUUGGGAAGAGCUGAGUUAUAUUGCGGGGCUUUGCCAGGUUCCUUUCUGCUUGUUUGGCGACUUUAAUGAGAUAUUGCAAGUGGAAGAUCGCAAAGAGGUGAAUAGUUUGCCGGCAACAGCAGAAGAGUUUAAGGAGUGGGUACAGGACAUGCAGUUAAUAGACCUACCCCUUUCGGACAGAAAAUUCACUUGGUUCAGGGGGCAAUCAUGUAGCAGGAUCAACAGGGUUCUGAUUAACAUCAAAUGGGCUGAGAAGGUUCCUGAUAUUCGCCUCAAGGGGGGCCCAAGAGGGUUGUCCGAUCACUGCCCAUUGAUUGUGGAAGAUGCAAGGGUAAGAGGAGGCCCUCGUCCUUUCAGAAGUCUGGAUUCCUGGUUCACGCAUGUGGGCUUUCUGCGGAUGGUCAAAACUGAAUGGAGAAGCCUGGGAGAUGCUCCAUUCCCAUGUAAACUGAAGGCAUUGACUACACGGUUGAAGAAGUGGCACAAGGAUAAUUUCAGUGAUAUGGAUAAGAGACUGAUGAUGUUUGAGGACGAAAUAAAGAAGCUUGAUACUAUGGAUAGUUAG